AUGUUUUUUUUUACAGACUCAGGGUCCGGCCCUGAGCCCAUUAGACUAAAUAAUGAAAAUGACAGCAAUUCCGACUUUACAUCAGUAUCUGAAGAUGACUUACCGCCUAUUCACGCUUACGGUCAUACUUAUCACGGCUCAGGGAGAGUUUGGGUGCCCAACGACGUCAGCGAGGCCUCUCGCCUUAAUUUACAGCACCUACUAUUCAAAAAACUCCACCGAGGACGUCUUACACAUACCAGACUGCCAGACGAAAUAAGCCAUGGCGACUUUGAAAUCCUUGAUGUCGGCACAGGUGCUGGCACCUGGGCACAUGAGAUGGGACGGCAGUACCCCUCUGCCAACAUACUAGGCACAGACCUCAGUGUCGCUCUUUUGCACCAUUACAUACCGCCGAACGUGAGGUUUGAGGUUUUUGACGCGGCCGAACCUUGGGACGACCGCAAGUAUCAUUUCAUCAACAUGCGGGAUCUCGUGGGGGGUGGGAUCCGCGAUUGGAAGGGUUUGCUGUCGUCGGCAUUUGCGCAUCUCUAUCCCGGGGGACAGCUUGAGUUUGUCCAGUUCAGAUGCGAGUCCUCGCAGGCUAGCUCCUCGGCGGACGAGGUGCCGGACGCGCUGCAGGAGUAUCAGAGGACACUGCAGAGGAUGUGUGAUGAGCAGGGGCUGGAUUUCGACCCUGCGUCAAGUGUGCCUGCUUGGCUCGACGAGAUGGGCGCGGAAAACAUAUGUUCACGCGUUCGCUGGUUGCCUACCUGGAUUGGUCGAGAUGCGCUGCAUGCUGUUUCCGCACGGAAUAGACAUGUCGGAGAGCUAGGUGGAAUCCUUCUCCCACUUGUGUUGGAGAACUGGGCAAUCAUGCUUUUCGAUAAGGGAGGUCUAGGAGAAGACUACACGAGGGAUCUCAUCUCGAGAAUAGUGGAGGAGCAGAGGCUCGAUCAGGCAAGAAUCUGUUUGAAGCUCGACGUAAUUACGGCCAGCAAGCCAGAAUUCGACGACUCCUAA